AUGCUUACGCCAACUUUAAUUUUGUAUUACUUGGCGUUUCCUCUCCCGGCCUGGUUCGUGGAUUGUUCGGAUUGUAAUUUUGGGGCCGGACCUAGUUUUUCUUCUGUCAACUAUUCAUCCGGUGUGGUCCUCCUCCGCGACACAGGAAGCCCCGCGCCCUCUGUUGUCAUGGCGACCUCAGAUAUGGCGGAGUCGUGGAGGAACUGCUUUGAGGAGGAGCUGAUCUGCCCCAUCUGUCUGCACGUGUUCUCGGAGCCCAUCCAGCUGCCGUGCAAACACAACUUCUGUCGCGGCUGCAUCGGCGAGGCCUGGGCCAAGGACACCACGGCCACCAGGUGUCCCGAGUGUAACCAUGGAUACGCCCAGAAGCCCAGCCUCGAGAAGAACCACAAACUCAGCAACAUUGUGGAGAAGUACAACGCUCUGAGUGUGGAGAAGAAGCCAGCCUCUGCAGUCCUCCAGUGCAUCCUGUGUCGUCGUGGUCCUCCUCUGGCGGCGGUGAAGGUGUGUCUGCGCUGUAACGCCCCCUGCUGCCAGUCUCACGUCCAGACUCACCUGCAGCAGCCGUGUUCUGCCCUGGGGCACGUUCUGGUGGACGCAACUGCCGUGAAGGCCUGGACCUGCCCCCAGCACGACGAGUACCGCCUCUACCAUUGCGAGCACGAGCACACGGCUGUCUGCCAGUACUGCUGCUUCACCAGGUGUCACCCCAACCAUGGGCACGCUGUCAGUGAUGUGGAGCUGAGGAGGAUCGACAUGAGGCAAUCUCUGCUGCGUCAGCAGGAGAAGGUGGAGGAGAGAGUCCAGGAGAUCGAGGAGCAGCUCUGCAAGCUGGACUCUGACAAGUGUGUGGUGGAGGACCGUGUGUGUGAGCUGAAGGAGGAGGUCCGUCUGCAGUACCAGCGUAUGCACCAGCUGCUGGAGGAGGAUCUGGUCCGGACACUAGAGGCCUUAGACCGGGCCCAGUCCAGGUUCUGUCAGGAAAACUCUGCCCAGGUCCUGGUCCUGGGGGAACAGAGACACGAGGCCCAGAAGAUCCUCAGCUCCAUCAACACAGUCUUUGAGAAGUCGGAGACGCUCAACUUCAUGAAGAACACCAAGCCGGUCAAGAUCCUGUCAGACAGAGCUCAGACCUGCGUGGGAAGCACUCUCCCUCCGUACAAAGUGGGAAACCUCAACUCCAAACUGUUUCUGUCGGAGAUUUCCAAGAGAGAGAAGAGUCUGCGCAGAACUCUAGAAGCUCCUCUGACUCCGCCCUCCGCCUUCCUUCAGUCCGUCACCUCGUACUCGAGUGGUUCGGCAGAGAAGCGUAAACAUUCGAGUGCGUUUCCGGAGCCGUCGUCAUCAUCCUCGUCAAAACCGUCCUCCUUCAAAGACUCGUCCUCGUCCUCGGCUCCCAAACAGCCGUACCUGUCCUCGUCCUCCGCAGACGCCCAGACCACGGCACCACAGCCCGGCCUGGCACCUGCCUGCAUCAACGACUCGGCCACAUCCUCGUCCCAUGUCUUCAGCUCCGCCCACUUCCCCGGUGCCAGCGGCAGCAGCAGCGGCAGCAGUGGCGCCUCGCAGCUGUCGCAGUACGGUGGCCGUAAGAUCCUGGUGUGUACCAUGGAUAACUGCUACUGCUCUGGAGUGCCCUCGGUGUCAGGGCACAGAGGCCAUGCCCCCUACCCGCGUUCAGGCUCCUUCCCCUGGGUCAGUGCGCAGGAGUACCCCCCUCCCCCUGGCCUCAGCAGCACCGCGCCCAUGCAGGGGCUCGCGGUGCGCGACUGGAUCGACGCGUCGCAGACGCACAGACAUCCGGACUUCUACGGGCUCUACGGCCAGCCCGCCGCCAAGCACUAUGUGACCAGCUAA